GGUGUGCGGGGCAGGGCGCACCGCGCGGCCGCCACACCACCAUGCUCAAGCGCUGCGGCAGACGCCUGCUGCUGGCGCUGGCGGGCGCACUGCUCGCCUGCCUCCUGGUGCUCACCGCCGACCCACCGCCGCCCCCGGGGGGCGCCCCCCGCCCCGCCGAAGGUCACCCGCGGCCCCCGGCCGAGCCGCUGGCACCCCACGACGUCUUCAUCGCCGUCAAGACCACCAAAAAGUUUCAUCGCGCGCGCCUCGACCUGCUGCUGGAGACCUGGAUCUCGCGCCACAAGGAGAUGACAUUCAUUUUCACCGACGGGGAAGAUGAGGCCCUGGCCAGGCGCACGGGCAACGUGGUCAAUACCAACUGCUCGGCUGCCCACAGCCGCCAGGCCCUGUCCUGCAAGAUGGCCGUGGAGUACGACCGUUUCAUCGACUCGGGGAGGAAGUGGUUCUGCCACGUGGACGAUGACAACUACGUGAACGUGCGGGCCUUGCUGCGGCUGCUGGCCAGCUACCCGCACACGCAGGACGUUUACAUCGGCAAGCCCAGCCUGGACAGGCCCAUUCAGGCCACGGAGAGGGUCAGCGAGAACAAGAUGCGUCCUGUCCAUUUCUGGUUUGCCACCGGUGGGGCUGGCUUCUGCAUCAGCCGUGGGCUGGCCCUGAAGAUGAGCCCGUGGGCCAGCGGGGGCCACUUUAUGAGCACAGCCGAGCGGAUCCGGCUGCCGGACGACUGCACCAUCGGCUACAUCGUGGAGGCCCUGCUGGGCGUGCCCCUCAUCCGCAGCGGGCUCUUCCACUCCCACCUGGAGAACCUGCAGCAGGUGCCUGCCUCGGAGCUCCACGAGCAGGUGACCCUGAGCUACGGCAUGUUUGAAAACAAGCGGAAUGCCGUCCACGUGAAGGGGCCCUUCUCAGUGGAGGCUGACCCAUCCAGGUUCCGCUCCAUCCACUGCCACUUGUACCCGGACACACCCUGGUGUCCCCGCACCGCCAUCUUCUAGCAGCCACGGCUAAGACCCCGUCCCCGGGUGCCCCUGGUAUCCAAAGGGCCUGGGGACCCUGUUGUGUGGCCCUGGCCUUGGCAUUCGAGGCUCCCCCAGGGCUGUGCCUGCGUGUGUGUGUGUACUGUGCGCCCAACCGUGUAGCAGACUGCUGGGCAGUUCUGCUCUGCU